AUGGCGCUGGCAGUCAUGGGCCCCACGGCCAGCAACAAGGCCGGCGGAGGGUCGAAGGUCACGAAGGCACCUUCGAAGAUGGAUAGCAAGAAGGCCUUUGAAAUUCCAGGUCUACAAGCCCGGCCGUAUCAUGAUGAUGAGCUCCAGGUCGCCUUUGAGAUCAUCGACUUGGACAGACAUGGCGAGAUCGGCUCUGCGGAUAUCCGCCGAGCGCUGCAGCUCUGUGGGGAGAGCGAGCCCACGGAUGCGGAGGUCCAGGAGAUGAUCCGCUUGAUGGACCCAGAUGGCAGCGGCUCGAUCGAGUUCCCGGAGUUCCGACGGUACUUCGUGGAUCCGCCUCCGCUGUUUCGCAACUUCGACCUGCACCGGCGUGGCGGCGGCGAGCGUGACCUCGAGGAGGAAGGCGAAGGAGAGCCGCUGCCGGCACUGGAGGAUGUGGCCGAGACAGACGAGAUGGUCGAGGGAGUCCAGCGGUCGGAGAAAAAGAAGAGGUUCACCAUGAAGGCUUCGGAGGCCGGAGACCCACGCUUCAAGCACAUCAAAAGCCUCGUCAAGGGCGGAAUCACACCGGAAAUCAUCCGGCACAUCUACCAGAGCUUCGUAGACCUGGAUGACAGCGACUCUGGCUACAUGUCGUAUCAGGCCUUCUGCAAGGUCUUUGAGAAGGAGCCUUCCCCGGCCGCCCGGGAGAUUUUCGAUGCUUUCGAUGCCGAGCACGAGGGCGAGCGGGUGUCCUCAGAGAGGGUCGGGAGGUCUAGCCGAGGGAGAGGUCGCGCCGAGGGAAAGAGAGGGGCGUCGCCAAGGCAAUAUCUUCAUCAACGUUUUUCCAAAGAAGGGUGCCCUGCUUUGGUAUCGAUUACUACAACGAAUAAAUUCUAA